AUGGAAGAGAAAACGCCAGUGGACGCGACCGUCCACGUCUCAGACAUCGAAGAUGGCGACAUGUCGGACAUCCAGGAAGGAGGAGCUCGCGCAUGGCUCACCGUCGUUGGUUCUGCACUAGUCUACUUCGCAUCCUUCGGCUUCAUGAAUAGCUUUGGUUACUUCCAAGACUUUUACCAAACUGACUACUUGUAUGAAUAUUCCUCUUCUACAAUCUCUUUCAUCGGCACGCUUCAGAUCUCAUUGAUGUACAUUGUUGGACCUGUCGCUGGUGCCCUGUUUGAUUCGUACGGGCUGAAGGUGGAGCCUUACAUGGUUGCGCACCAUCCAUCUACAACGAUUCAUAGCUAUCUUCUGCCUUUGAUUAACGGUUCCAGCUUCUUUGGACGCAUCAUCGGCGGUCUACUGGCAGACAAAUUUGGCCGACUCAACCUACUAUAUCCAAUGACGCUACUUUCGGGUGUCUUUUGCUUGGCUAUGUGGCUGCCAGCUAUCAACGUCGCCAGCGUAGUCGCAUUUGUAUGCCUAUACGGGUUCACCUCAGGCAUCUUCAUCAGUGUCACCCCGGCAGUUGUGGCACAAAUUUCUCCGGAGGAUCGCAUCGGCGCCCGCAUCGGCGCCUUCUUUACACUCGCUGCUAUUGCGACACUCACUGGUACGCCAAUUGCUGGUGCUCUUGUUGGCAAGAGUGUGCAGGACGGUUACAACAACGUGAUCGUAUUCGCCGAGAAGUCCCAUUUGUCGUUUGGAUCACCCAAGCCAGACGUUGUGACAUGCCCUGGUAGGCCGUUUACGAUGAAGCCGUACAGAGGAAGGCUUGUGGCGCUCGUCCAGCUCUACGCCUUCGACCUAAAUCUGGUCGAGGCGCUCAGCCUCAAAUACCAUCUUGCAGCGCAGGCGCGGGUCGAGGCCCAACUUGCGCAGCUUGCUGAUGAGACGUAUCGCGUGCAACCGUUGAUGGCACUCCACAGUCCUGAGCUCCAUCGUGUGAUAAAGGCGGGCGUUGUGGCGACAAAGCCUAAGGAGGAAGACUUCUAG